UGGAGCUGAGACAGGCUCUGCAACGGCACAGAAUAAGGGAAGACGAGAAAGAGUGGGAGAGAGAGAGAGAGGGAGAGGGAGAGGGAGAGUGACAGCAGCGCCCGCCACCCUUGAAGAUUAACAGAGACUGAAGAAAGGGGAGACAGGGCUACCCACUACCAAAACCACCUCUGGGCCUCCUGAGCGAGGCUUCACUUCAUCUUAAAAUCAAGUACGAUUUAAAAGGCCACUUCAGAGGUUUGUGGCAGCAACAAUCAGCUCCUUUGCAGAGCACAUCCAACUGCCUGCUGGCGAACUGGAACGCAAGGAUGCAAUGCCUCCAAACAGACACCAGGUGUCGCUGUGGACUCGUUGUCCCGGCUACCCCCCAAUUCAAGAACCAUCCCCCCCUUCUCUCUUUUUUUCUCUCGCACUCCCUCUCCCCCCCCCUUGGUUGGGCUUUGCCAACAUAUCAAGAUGCGUUUCGCCGGCUUCCAUCACUAACCUCCCGGAGGUCAUCAAGCCAAAUUUAUGAGUGGCCGCUGGAGUCACGUGACUCUAUUUAAGGCUCCCUUAUUUGGGAAGAGCGCAUAGGAUAAAGAAAGAGAUAUCUCCACCUAUAAAUUGUGCACUUUGGAGAACAAAAAACCCCCUCAACUUCAAAGAGUCACAAAUCACCCUUCAUCAAAAAGGGUGCAGAAAAAAAAUUUUGGGGCCCUCCCCAUCAUGAGCUCCUACGUAGCCAAUUCAUUCUAUAAGCAGAGUCCCAAUAUCCCUGCCUAUAACAUGCAAACUUGUGGGAACUAUGGAUCGGCCUCAGAGGUGCAGGCAUCCAGGUACUGCUACGGCGGAUUGGACUUAAGCAUCACUUUCCCACCGCCUGCGCCUUCCAACUCUCUCCACGGGGUAGACAUGGCUGCCAACCCCCGGGCUCACCCCGACCGCCCCGCCUGCAGCGCUGCAGCCGCUCCGGGACACGCUCUGGGCAGAGACGAAGCGGCUCCUCUGAACCCCGGGAUGUACAGUCAGAAGGCGGCUCGCCCGGCGCUGGAGGAGCGAGCUAAGAGCAGUGGGGAGAUCAAAGAGGAGCAGGCGCAGACAGGGCAGCCCGCCGCCCGGAGCCAGCCACCGGCCCCGCCACAGAUUUACCCGUGGAUGACCAAACUGCACAUGAGCCACGAGACGGACGGCAAGCGGUCCCGAACCAGUUACACACGCUACCAGACUCUGGAACUGGAGAAAGAAUUCCACUUUAACCGCUACCUCACCCGCCGUAGGCGCAUCGAGAUCGCCAACAACUUGUGUCUCAACGAGAGACAGAUCAAGAUCUGGUUCCAGAACCGCAGGAUGAAGUGGAAGAAAGAUUCCAAAAUGAAAAGCAAAGAGGCUCUUUAGAGGCAGUGGAGGAGGCCCGCAGAGGGACCCCCACGGCCCGCCCAGCCUGUUUGGCCCCCCGUGCCUGCCUUCCCAUCUGCGCUUUCCUCCCUCUAGGUUUUAGGGCAGGACGGGCCAAGCCUGGGUGCCCGGGCCUCCCGGACAAAAGCGCUUUCCCUUCACCGUCUGCAUCCCUACCCCCCAGCUUCCCGAGAGGGGCCACCUGCCCUGCCCAGACUCCCCCCAGUUCCGCUCAACACCAAGGUGCUAGGGUUGGUGUCACAGGGGUUCCAGAGAGGGCUGUGGUGGCAGGUAGGCUAUCAGGCCCCCAGCCCCAUCGCAGCCCACCGAGCCAAGGUGAGCUCUUGGACCACUGCAGGCCCUGCACCCGACGCUCUGGCAUCGCCCCCUUCUUUGUUUCUGGCUAGACUGAGUGGCAGCCGCGGGCUGGUGAGAGUACUUGUGCCGGACUGGCAGAGUCAUGGUCCCCAUGCUACUCUCCAGACUUGGGGAGCUUCUUUGUGGCGACUACACCGCAUCUUCAUUGUGUGGUGAUCUGCAUAUGAAAGGGGCUCCCUCGGUGGCCCUAGGCUUCCCAAACCUACACCCUAACCCUCCAGGUCCAAACCUAGCUCAUCCUCUCUGCAUGCCCUUUCAGGUCCCUCCAUUUUCAGGACACUGAGUAGCUCAACAAUUGGGGUUCCCUACCAUGGCCAUCAGGCCCCAACAAGGAGUCCCGAGGCUCCAGGCUAUCUAGUUGUCUCUGUUACAACUUUCUGUGCCCUCCUGCCCCAUUGCUGUUGCCCAACUAUUUAUUGACUCUUUCCUGAGACUAUAUUUUGUCAUAUCAAAUAAAGACAAAGAGAACAGGAUGCCAGGCACAACGGCUAGUCUGUUUGGGGCAGGUCCCGGGAAAGGUCUCUAGGUGAGCUGUGGGGCUGUCUCUCCUUUUGUAACACUGUGGGUGCUUUAGGAGACAGGAGAGGCUUAGCUGCUUUCCAGAUUUCUGUCUCCAGGAAGGGUCCCUGGGGCAGGGGAAGGCAAUGGCCUCUGAUUUUCUUUAAGCUGUGACCAUCCUUGGCUAGGGCCCCCUCCCCGGGCUCCAACUUGGCUGAAUGGGCGCUUCAUGCCAGAACUAACUUGCUGGGCCAGAGAUGGUGGGGAAUGGGGUUUUCCCUGCCCCAGGGACUGGACACACUGGGAGAGCUGAGCCCCCAGUCUAGGGGCCCCUUUUGAUCUUAAAAAAGGACCCUCAGAGUUGGUGCUGCUUGGUAAAGUGCUGGGGGAAGCUGGGGGUGUGUCUCAACUUUCUGAGCUUGGGAGGGGUGGGGGGGGACUCUGUAGUGUGUACUUACUUGCCAGCAGGAAGUGCUGGGGACCUCCCCCCCCAGUGCUAUGCAUCGCAAGGCAAUUUGCUGGGGCAGGAGCUGUGGAGACCAGUGCCUGAAGCUGUCCGCCACCUUCAUUUAUCUCAGUCUCUGGGAAUGUGUAGGGGGGAGGGGGCCUAGAAGUGAGGGGAGGAGGAUCACUCAGGUGAGGCCUGGGGAUGCCCCCCCCCUCCAGGCUCUUAGGAUGAGAGGGGGAGGAAGUACUUUGCAGGAGAAACAAAUGUAGGAAGGGUCCAUAAAAGGUUACUUCAUUUCCUCUCUCGCCUCCCACAAUAGCCCUGGAGCCAGGGCUAGGCCCCCCACACCGUGUGUGUGUGUGUGUGUGUGUGUGUGUGUGUGUGUGUGUGUGUGUGUGUGUGUGUGUGUUGGGGUGAGGGUUCAGAUGUGGGGCUGGAAGAUUACACCCGCAGUCAGGAGGGAGAAGGAGUAGAGUUCUGGGGAGGGGCAGGGGUAUUUAUGAUUAUUAAUGCUGAUGCGCCCUGGAUUUAUUGGAAGGGAGGACUUUUCGGCAUGCCACAGCCUAAGCUACCUGUCAGCCACUUUCCAAUAGAACCCACAACCUUCUUUCCCCGUCCUGACCGGUGCCCCACACAGAGGAGGGCUCCGCAAACUGGCAGGCAGAGCUGCACCUCUCACCACAGCUCUCCACUCCUUACUGUAUGGAGGGUGACAGGCUGAGGGGACCCCCACAAUGGGAAUAUCUCUGCUGGACUGGCCCACAACACUCAGCCGCACCCCAGCUGAUCGCUCUCUCUCCCUCUCUCUCUCCCCUUCUUUCUCCCUCAUGCCCUCCCUCUCUCAAAUAAAACAUGUAAUUUCCUUCA